CGUGUGCGCUGUACCCCGGCUACCGGAGUGGGAGGAGAUCCCACCCGCGUCCUACUCGCUGCUGACGAGAAGGCGCAAGAGCAACGGCGGAGGAGCGGGGGCGGGUAGCGUAGCGCUGCGCAGGGCCGGGCCGAGCCCCUAACGCGGCAAGCGGUGCUCCCCGGCCCUCCUCCCGCCUUCCCACCACCCUCGGGGGCCGGGCGCUGCCCUCCGGCGGCGCGGCGGAGCAGGUGCCGGUGGCGGCGGGCCGGCAGGAUGGAGGCUGCCUUGCUGAAGCCGGCGAUGAUGGCGGAGGUAAAGGGGAGCGGCGUUGGCUCCGCCGUCAGCGCCGAAUUGGAGGUGAAGAAGCUGCAGGAGCUGGUGCGGAAGCUUGAAAAGCAAAACGAACAGCUCCGGAGCCGCGCCGCCGCUGCCGCGGUCACGACCGGCCCGCCCAGCCCUCACCUGCUGCUGGCCCCGCCGCCGGCCACCGGUGGACUGCGCCCCGCCAGCCCCCCCUCCGUGGCGGGCGGUGGGGCCGCGCCGUGCAUGCCCAGCCCGGUGCCCACCCUGCUGUGUGCCACCGCGCUGGGCCCGCCGGAGCCCCUCGCCUAUUUCAAACCCUCGACCGGCCUGCCCGCGGCUGGCGGCGCGGGGCAGGAAGCUGCCGGUGGCAGCAGCCCGGGGACGGUGGCGGCCACGGUGCUGGACGAGGUUGCGGUGCUGGAGUUAGAGGACGGCUGCUGCGGACAGGACGAGGAUACAUGGUUAUACGUCCUGCCUACCAAGAUUCUCACUCCUCCAGAGAAAUCACUGAGUCCUCUGCAGUGGUGCAGGCGUGUUCUGGAUCAUCCAAGUCCUGAAAUAGAGGCUGCAAAACGGUCCCUGUGCUUUAGAUUGGAACAAGCUAGCCGAUGGCGGAACCUCUUCUCUACACCUGUCUCCUUGGCUUUUCCCUAUAGUCCUGUUGCAAGACUCACCCCAUAUACCAAUGGCUUUAACAGUUCCAGCUUCUCUAAAACCUCCAGUAAAGCAAUACUAACACCUGAACGGACAGGUUACAUUUCUAGAAGUUCUCCUUUGAGCCCACAGUCAUCCAUAGACAGUGAACUGAGCACCUCAGAGCUGGAGGAUGAUUCCAUCUCCAUGGGAUACAAGCUGCAGGACCUCACUGAUGUUCAAAUCAUGGCUCGUCUACAGGAGGAGAGCCUUAGGCAAGAUUAUGCUUCGACUUCAGCAUCCGUAUCAAGGCACAGUUCAGGCGUCUCUCUGCACACAGGAAAGAAAGGGACAUGCGGUGACCAGGAGUAUGAUCGCUAUAGUCUUGAGGAUGAAGAAGAGUUUGACCACCUCCCACCUCCACAGCCACGCCUGACUCGCUGCUCCCCCUUCCAGAGAGGCAUUCCUCACUCACAGACUUUCUCCAGUAUCCGGGACUGCAGGAGGAGCCCUACCUCCCCGCAAUUCCCUUCAAAUACUUAUCAACAGCCCUACUGCUCUCCUCAAGCCCAGACGCCAGAGCAACAACCCAAUAGGAUUAAUGGAGAUAAACUUCGAAGAAGCAUGCCUAACCUCGCUCGGAUGCCAAGUACCCCCACCGUUAACAAUAAUCCUGGCUUUGUUAGUUCUCCAGUCACUGUGAGGAAUAGUCAGAGCUUUGAUUCUAAUUUGCAUGGAGCAAGUAAUGGGAUUUCAAGGAUGCAGUCGUGUAUUCCAUCACCAGGACAACUUCAACACAGAGUUCACAGUGUGGGACAUUUUCCAGUGUCUGUCAGACAGCCUCUCAAAGCUACUGCCUAUGUAAGCCCAACAGUACAAGGUAGUAGUAGUAGUAGUAGUAGUAGCAGCAGUAUUCCAGUGUCCAACAACUUACAGUUAUAUUCUAACACUGGGAUUCCAAUGCCAAACAAGACUGCCAGUCAAGGGAUUGUAGGGCGCAGUGCUCUUCCAAGACCGUCGCUGGCCAUCAAUGGGAGUGGCAUACCCAGAAGUAAAAUUGCACAGCCAGUUCGAAGUUUUCUUCAACCUCCAAAGCCACUUUCGUCACUCAGCACGAUGCGGGAUGGGAACUGGAGAGACGGCUGCUAUUGAUGAAGUGUACCCAUCCACAGUGGAAAACAAAUAACGUGGAUUUCAAUACCCAGCUGGCUGGGUAACAAUGAUUUGGGAAAGGAAGUUCAUACAGUAUUAUUUCCCCCUGGGAAUUUAAUAUGUAACCAUCCAUAACGCAAUAUCAUUUUUUUUGAAAAUGAACAUCUUCGCAAGUACUAAAUACUGCACUCGAUCAGUUACCUGAAC